AUGCCUUGUAACUGUCGCCAUGGUACAGGAUCCCAUGAUCACUUGCGAGACGGGUUCGCCCGCGAAGGUGUUUUGGGUGUGGGGUCUCCUUUAAAUGAACAAGUUGAUCUGCAUUUUCUCCAGCUGUGGAAUGCGAGGCACAGCGUUUCCGAGGCGGCGCGUGUCCUGGACCCAAGCACCGAGGACAACGACGAUCCCAUAUGUAGCGAUGCCGACCCGGAGCUGCUGCUUCUCAUACCCCUGAAGCAGGUGUGCCGUGUCCGAGGUGUCUCGAUCCUUGGUACCAACGAUGAUUUUGCGCCUUCUCAAGUAAAGUUAUUUUGCAAUCCCACCGAUGUUGUGGGUUUCGACUCCGUGCGUCGUCUGCAUCCUCAGGAGGAGAUUCAGUUAGCACAAGUUCCAGUCGGAGAUCGAAUUGUCUACCGUCUGAAUCCAGCAAAGUUCUCUGCAACCGCGAGUUUGUGUCUAUUUUUUGAGCACAGUUUUGGUGAGGAUGAAACCCACUUGCUUCGAAUAGAUCUUUUCGGUGAAUCAACGGGAAGGCCGGUUCACCAACAAGUGGCCACCAACGUUGUGUAUGAGGCGAUGGCAAACCCCGCAGACCAUAAAGUGGGUGAAGAGAAGAAGCAAACGUUUACAGUCCUGUAA